AUGGAAAGAAGGGGUCAGGGAGGGGAGGGGGGCCGGGGCCGUCCCCGCCGCUCCACAGGCUCAGGCAAGUCCCGCUCCUGCACCGGUCAAAGCGGUGGGUGCUCCUGGCGCUGGCGCCCCGGGUCCGGACGAGAAGACUGGGCCGGUUCCGAGCGCAGGGCUUCAGCUAACUCCUCAGCCCCGGGGGCAACAGCUGUAGCAGCGGCGGCUGCGGGCAGACACUCCCCUUUCCCCCGCCCCGCCCCCCUCGCUCGCCCCCCUCGCCGGCCCAGGUCCUUCUCCGCGGGCGGCCGCGCGCGCCGGAAGGGGCCUGACUUGGGGGCGGCUGUGCGGGCUAACCCUGACAGGCAGGUCCGCGGCUCGCCGAACUGCGUGUUGUCGCUCGGGAUUGGGUCGGAUGCCCAUCCCCGAGAUACCGGAGGCGGCGUGGGAACCGUUAGCUUCGAGGAACCCGUCGUCUCGCAGCCCUGGAGCUGGGCCUCGGGAGGCCGCAAGGGGGCUCGGGUUGCUUUCUUUGUGCCCCGCAAUCCCGCGGCUCCUCCCUCGAAGGUUGCCUUCUUCCCCCAGGGCCGGGAGAACCGCACGUGCGUGCAGGGGAUCCGAAGCGAGGGGAACCCCCUAGUUCUAGCCUCUGGAGGGUACGGACUGGUCAGCAUCAGCCGCGGAAAGAACCUGGUCCUAAUGUCGACCGUGGCUCGGAGCCUGCCUGUAACCCGAAGAUUAAGUUACCCAUGGUCAGGAAGCAGAUGAUUCUCCUGAAGUAUCAGCAGAAGGUCAAUAGUAGCCUAAUCAAGUCAUAGUAUAUACGUC